ACGUGUAUUCGAUCGAUCUCGACUAUAAUACCCGGUAUAAAUGAACACACACAAGAACUGGAUUUAGGCAGUUCCGGAACUGUUUAAGAAUUAAGAUGAAUGAUUUCCAGAAUUCUUCUUAUGUCACAUCCACUCCUACUACACUACAGAUUCGCUGAUAUUAUUGUCUUUCAAGCGAACAGAAGCUGGAUUCAAUCAUACCAAGUCCAAGAAUCAGAACUUAUCGUCAGUUCGUCUGACUCGACGUAUCGAGUCGAGUCUGAUUGAGUGAGUGAUUGAGUCCGAGUUCAGCCGAUCAGCUAGGCCCGACGUUAGGUUAGCUAGGAGUCGUAGAGAGUGGAUAUCUGCAUCUGUCAAAACGACUGCGUAUCUUCUGGCACAAAAACCAAGAUUAAAGAAGAACAAGUCAGUUGCUGUUGCACUUGAAUAUGAAUCAUGUUUGCACCUGAAUUUUUGUGCGGUGCUGUUGAGGGUUUCUAUGGUAGGCCAUGGACCCCAGAACAAAGAAGGAACUUAUUCUCCCUGAUGCAGCGUCUUGGAUUGAACACCUACAUGUAUGCUCCCAAGGAUGACUGCAAACAUCGAGCAUUCUGGAGAGAUCUAUACUCAGUAGAAGAAGCAGAGCACCUGACAAGUUUAAUAUCCGCUGCCAAGGACCAUGACAUAUUGUUUGUCUAUGCCCUUUCUCCUGGUCUUGACAUCACUUUCUCCAAUGCCAAAGAAGUCACAUGUCUCAAUAGGAAAUUAGAGCAGGUUGGUCAGUUUGGAUGUGAAGCAUUCGCUCUGCUUUUUGAUGACAUAGACACAGAAAUGUGUGUGGCAGACACAGAGGUCUUUCAAUCCUUUGCCCAUGCUCAGGUUUCUGUCACUAAUGAAGCAUUCCAGUAUCUGGGCCAACCAAAGUUUCUCUUCUGUCCAACCGAGUAUUGUGGGACCCGUGCUCAGCCUUCCGUAAAGAAUUCAGAAUAUCUUCAGACGAUUGGUAGUAAACUUCUUCCAGACAUCAUGGUCAUGUGGACAGGGGGAAAAGUUGUGUCAAAGUUCAUUACCAUUGACUCCAUCAAAGAGCUAAGCUCUGUUAUCAAACGCAAGCCCGUCAUCUGGGAUAAUAUACAUGCAAAUGACUACGAUCAACAGAGAAUGUACCUUGGUCCAUACAAAGGCAGAUCUACUGAGUUGAAGCCAUAUACCAGUGGUAUACUGACCAAUCCUAACUGUGAGUACUACCUGAAUCACAUAGCCCUCCAUACGUUAGCUACAUGGAAUAAAGCAGCAGGGACCGAGGGUAGCAAGAAAGAUGAGCCUCCGGGAGACAUGACAGAAGAAGCGACCAUUAGUGCAGAUGAGCAGUUAGAAACAGAAGGAAAGACUGAGCCAGGACCACGGAGACUAAGGAUAAAUCAUGGGAACUAUGAUCCUGAAUUAGCUCUCAAACUUGCCAUUGCAGACUGGCUUCCCAUGUUUCACCAACCAAAAGCAGUCCAUGCUAAGAAAGCAGCUGUGAUCCCUCCUACUGCCCCGACUCCGUUACCCGUCCCAGCCCUUCCGGUCGUAGCCCCUCCCAUUCAGAGUAUCAACACGUGCAUGAGCGUGACCCCUACCACAAACACUUCCUUCCCUGCAUCUCUGGAGGAGACCUCCCAGGUUGCAGCUGAAAUCCUGAAAAAGAGAGAGGCCUUUGAUCCUCUAGGGAUCGAGAACUUCAUACCUCCUUCAAACAUUGUCAACUCAUUGAUCAGUCAGCCACGACCUCCAGUCAUAGAGGACACGUUAGAGCCAAUGGAAUGCAAUGGUGACAGCUCACAGACAACUGUCCUGAGGACUAAUGAUUCAGUGCCACCUAUUGUACCAACUAAAGACAGCAGUAGUAUGCCUACAAAUACAACAACAAGUAGCAAAGUAGCGGACAUAGACAUGCAUGAAGCGGAUAUUGUGGAUAAGCCCGAAGGGGAUAUUGCAGAUAAACCUGAAGGAGAUAUUGCCGAUAAGCCUGAAGGGGACAUUGCGGACAAGCCAGAAGUGGACAUUUCAUAUAAGCCACCUAUCCCUAAAGUGGUGGAAGAACCGGUAGCUACAGACUCUAGUCCUGAUGUUGCAACAGACUGUGAGAUGCAAGUGGACAGUUUGUCUGACAAUCCUCCAGUAGACAGCCAGGACAACCAGGGAAGAAAGCCACCACCAAGAGAAAAGAUCACAGAGGAAGACCUGAGUCUUAUGUGUGAACUCUUUUACUUGCCCUAUGAGCAUGGGCCAAGGGCAACACACGAACUGGAAGAGAUCCAUUGGCUAAGGAAUAAUGCCUAUGUAGUGCACGCAGGCAAAGGCUCUGCAAAAGGCAAUGUAGAAAAGCAGGCAGCCGAAUGGGAAGAGCGGGCCACCCAGUUCCUGAAGUUCUGUAAAGAUGUAAAGCAGCUCAUGACUCGUCUCCUCCACACUCCCAACAGAAGUCUUCUCUAUGACAUCUAUCCAUACAUGUGGGACAUGGAAAUAGCUGUCUCUAUGAUUGGAUCAUUUAUCAAGUGGCUAGCUGUUGGAGAAGUUUCUAAGAUGAGCUGUGACUAUAUGGACACCUUCUACUCAUGGUGUACGUCCAAUCACAAGAAAGCUUUCCUUAGUGGUGACAAUGAGCCCUGGAUGUUCAGGGGAGGUCUGACUGGAGAGUUUCAUCGUAUGCUUCCCCUGGACAGUGCAGCUGAUCUACUAGUCCGCCAGCAACCCCGACAGGUCUGCAGUAGAGUCUUCACCAUUAGGCCUUUCCUUCCCAAAGAUGAGGAAGCUGUGAAUAAGAUGUUCUCACUGCAAUAUGAUGGUAAGGGAGAUAUGAAGAGUUUUGAUGAGUAUCCUCAACUCCUAACAGACAAGUAUCUAGGUCACUUUGUCACGUUGAGUCCAGAAUACUGCUUUGUAUUGGAGGAGUCAGAGUGUAUCGUGGGAUACGUGCUAGCAGCUCUUGAUGUGAAAUCCUUCCGUACCAAAGUAGAUGCUGCCUGGAGGCCUGAGCUCCAGGCUAAGUAUCCACUCCCACCGGCAGACAAGGAACUCACACCUGCAGAGGAGUUGAUCAAGAGUAUACAUGAGAAGGAGCCAGAGGUGCCUGCUACCAUGUCUGUACGUCUUCCGUCCCCUAUUCUAGUUGAUAUACUGCCCUCUGUUGAGGAUCAGGAAGUCAUCAAAAAUCUACUAGCGUGUGUUCUGGCUGCUCUUAAAUCUAAUGGUUCAACUGGUGUCCACGCUGUAUUAAAGGAAGGCAAUGACUCUCAUCACGAAUUCUAUGCUAAGCUAGGCUUCUUCAGGAUACCAGAGCAAGACCAGUGCAUAGAUGGAACGUCUAUCGUUGGGCGGGGAAUAUGAAAGACGGUCAUCACUAAUAGCUAGAUAGAAGCCUUUUUUUGUUUUUACAUUUGAAGAUACCACCAGCUUCCCCAUGGUCUGAUGCAUUGUAACCCAUCUGCACCUCAUACGUGCCCUUUCGGGGGGAAAAAAAGAAUGGCUAUCUUUUUUAGGAGAACUUAAAAGCUGAAGUCAUGCCGGAGGAUUCUGUUGAGAGCAAAUUUGUUACAGAAAUGUGUUAUUGAUAUAUGUUAUCUGAAAUGGGGGCUGGUCAAGAGCCUUGAAAACCAAAAAAGAAAGAAAGUAAUGUGCACCCUGUUUCUUCAUCUUGUAUGGAACAGAUAAAGAGGACAGGCUUAGGGUUGAAUAAGGGAGUGCUCUUUUACGCAUCCUAUCAGUGAUUUUCACUGACACAUUUGCUCUGAGCCAAUCAGAUGCAAGGAUUUCUGUAGCUUAUAACAGUUUUCAGUGAUAAUCAAGGACAAUUUUUACAUGGAAUGCUCCCCAGAUCCAUUCCCCCCCCCCCCCCCCAGUACUGUAAUUAAUUGGCUUUCUGGAUCAGUGUUUGAGGUCUUGGGAGUUGGGACUGUAACACAAAACUUAGCAACGAUUGUAGAACAAUUUGUACGAUUGAUUGUUCUGUACAGUAACAAUACGAGUGCGUUGAGUGCAGUAACCACAGUCAUAAAAAUCCAGCACAUGGAAAUCCCUAAGCUUGUGUUACAUGUCCUAGGAUUGAUUUGAUUCACCCACUCUAACCUUUUACAUUUUGAAAAUAACUCAUGCGGCAGCUGGUCGUAACUGGCAUGAUCGGAGCAAAAUGCAUCUUUCUGUACUCCCUAUGAAUUCCAACUUCAAACCAUUAUCAGAUGCUCAAUAUAAAGUAUCAACCAACAUGUUCUAUGUUUUUCAGAUAUCGCAUAUUGAUUGAUAGUUCCUAUAUGUUAAUAUGUACGUGCACACUUAAAAUAUCUUCAGUGUGGUGGAUAGAUGAGGGGAGGGGGGGUUAUGACAUAAAUUACAGACCUGCCAACCAGUACGUUUUAGCGUAUUUAGUACGUUUUUGCAACCAAAAUACGGCGGUACGUUUUUUCUUUAAAAAAUACAUUUUUACAAAAUCGUAAUUUAUUGAGAAAAAUCAUCUCUAUAUGUCUCUAUUUCAUAAAACGUACACAAAUAUGGUUAUUAGAUCAAUUUCAGGUAACUUUUUUUUUUUCAAUCAUUUUGUAAAAACCAGGGUGAGAUAUACACAAGUUUCAAUGGUUUUUUUUUUUCCAUCUGCAAGAGCAGUGCGCAUUUUAGCUUGCAUGCAGCUUGAGCGCCGUGAUGGGCGAGUGCGCCAAGCAUUUAUUAUGAAAUACACUUUUUUGGGGAAAAAUACAAAAUAUUUAUCUCACACGGUAAAAUACUGAUUUUUUUGUCAAAAUACUGAUUUUGGGGGAUAAGAAUACUGAAAAUGCAAAAUACAACUUGGCAGCUCUGCAUGAUAAAGGGACACAAUUAAUAUUUCCUCUAUUUUUACUUCAAUAUAAUAGUGUUAGUUAGAGGCGGAUGAUUGGCAUCAGGUUCUAUACACAAGAACAGGUCAUAUGUUCUGUUAUAUAUUUCAUGUGUAAUCUUCUAUUUAAAAAAUGCUGAUUCCCUCAUACAAGAAUACCAAGAGUGCUUGUUCAUUCCUUCCCGUUAUGCGACCUUACCUCAGAAUGUAAUUUACAUUUGGGUUCCGUUUCAUAAAGACUUGUUUCUGUUUCUGUUUAUGGUAACUCCCAUAGGAACUCGGCAGGACAGCAUUUUGCUGGUAAACGCCAAGCUGGUAUAUAACCAAUUACCUAGGAAACAUUUUACGUCUAGGUUUAUCAGUCAUAGUGGCUGACCUUAUAGACGACAGAUAUUACUCUGGGGCCUUUUUAUCAAAGUGGAUACAAUGGCAGAGUUGGGAUUCGAACUCACAAUCUUGCGAUUAUGAGUCCAAUGCUCUAACCACUGGACCACACGACUUGUCAUAAGAACAAAUGCACAAUUUCUAUGACAAGCUCACUAUGAGCCAAUCAAAUUCAAUGAUUUCAGUAGCUUUAAACUGUUACUGGAAAUUUGCUAUUAUAACAAGUUUUAUGAAACAGGGCCAUGUCCUGUCCUGGAUUAAAAUGGGGAAGGGGCAAAUAGUUUUCAGGAGCGCUACCAUAACCAAUACUUCUCUUUCCCACUAGAAUUCAUACUCCCUGUUUAUGGUGCGAGUUGCGACCCAUGUGAAUAAUUGCAUUCAGAAAUAUUUUUGGAGAUGGAAAUACUCAGUACUCGUGUGAUUGGUCCAAUAUGUCGUUAUUCCUAAUACAUUGUUAUCAUUGAUUGUUAAAGCAUCAUCACUGUUUAAAUGCUAUAGUUGUUCCUCCUCUUAAGUGAAAUCCCUUCUUUAUACAAAUAACAUCUAAACCCUUUAAAAGUGCAUAAUUUGAUAUGCAUUAUGAAAGAAAAGCAUAUUGUCGUUACGAGUGUAUUCUAUGAGUAACAGAUUUAUUAUUCAUCAAAAUUGUUUUGAAAGUAGAUGAUUGAUGGAAAUCUUUCAAUAUGGAUUCAUAAUGUCCUUUAUGUUUUUCAAUAUUCAUUUCAAAGUCAGUGAAAUUUGAGUUUUUUUCCUGUGCUAUGAUGACAAUAUUAAUGAACUGUUUUUAUCUAUCAAUAAAUAAAUGAAAGUUCACAUUCUAGAAAAAAAACACCUUUGUAAUGCCUAGAUUUGACGCGAAAACAUAGUGAUAUUUCAUGUACAUGUUUUCACCUUUCACCUUCAUAACAAUGCCCUAAAAGGGACGCACAAUAAAUCAACUUGAAGCACUUUUAUUGAUGCACCUACCAUCGCUGUGUACCUUCUAGCAAUAAUUCAAGCUUCUUACCAGUGUAAGCAAUGCUCUUACUUCUGCUAUUGCAAGUUGGUGAUUUGUGUAUUUCCUAUGAUCUAUAUUACUUGUCAAUAGAGGCUUCUGCCCCACAUUCUUUGUUUGUAUCUGUCUUCUCGUGCACAGGUAACGAACUAAUUAAUUUUUUUAACAGUCAUAAAUGAUACACACAGAGCGUAUGAACUCAAACCUGUAUUUUUUUUAUUGUAUCUUUACUAUAUUGCUGCAAUAUUCUGUUUAGUGCUUUUAUUUUUUAUGGAAAAUGUGUAACUAUCACGUUCAAACUAUUCUCUAUGCUUUUACUGAAGAUAGGUUAUACCUCGCAUUUCAUGAAAUUGAAUUUUCUUUUACUUGUUUAAAGUCAUAUUGACUAUAGUAGACUAGUUUUUUGUUUCCUUUAAAAUUCAUCUUUUACUCUAAAGUCCAUUACUUGGUGAUAAUGGAUAACAUUUGUGUAUUGGUUCAAUUGUUUUUUUAUUAGGACUAAGAUAGGGAUUAUGGAGGGAAUGAUUAUCUGUCUGAUAGUAGUGCUUUCUUGCAUUCCACAUCGGCAAUUUGCGUCUUUCUAGACCUGAAAUAACUUGUUUAUGAAUGCCAAAUACAGUUGUUUAGCCUUUAAAAAGUCAAAUUAACAAAAGUUUAAAUAUAAUAUUUUUCAUAAUGUGGUUUUAUAGUAAAUGUGUUUCAUAUAGGUGUAACAUGGGCUGGUUAUCACUAAUCUGAUAAUUAUUCAUUUAAAUUAAACUCUGAUGUCACACUCAAUUUUUCUAUAUAGACCUUGAAAUGAGAUAUUUUUACUUUAUAAUACUCUGGGCAGGUGAAAUACUUAAAUAUGUUUGUAAAUUUAAAUUGCAUAUUUUGAUUUCUUGCUGACUUGGUCCUGUUUUGAUACAACUCUGAAAGGGGUUUUGACAGAUUGAUUUUGAUGUCACGAAUGUAUUGUCCAGGGAUAAAAGCAAACUGUUAACACAUGAAAAUAUAUUAGCACAAAAUAGGUCAGGAUUUUGUCCAUGCAAAUUUGGACAAUGACAGUGAUGCUGUAAAAUGAGGAUAUUUCGCUAUGUCUGACCACUUGAAAAUGUUGCUGCUUUCACAGUAUGUCUGCACAUGAUUUAUGUCACCAUCACAUCUUUGUGUAUUUGGCUUAUGAUCGAAGCACUUCGCUCAAAUUAAUAUUAUAUUUCAUAAAACGUUUCUGCAUUCAAAGACAAAUAUAGAUAGAGCCAGAUAAGAUAAUAGUUUGAGAAAAAUAUGAUGAUGACCAUACAUGUCCAGUCUGCUGGGGGGGGGGGGGAGAUUGUAUGUGAACUCUCUGUUACCCCUCCAUGCAAUGUCUGAGCUUUUAUUUGAUCUCUAUCAAAACAGUAUUGGUGUAAUUUGUGUUACCUUCAUCAUUAUUCCAUUCAAAAUGUUAACACCUUUCCUGUAUAUUUCAUUUGUUAUCACAAAAAAAUGCAAUGCAGUAUGUACAUGGGCUUGAUCAAAUGGUGUCGUCCAUAUAUUGUAAUGUCAUGCCAAAGGUAUUGUUCAUUGUAAACAUUGAUGAUUAAACAUUCUUAAUCAUGUCCUUCAAA